UACGUGCCCAACCCUGGCCCGAAGUGAGGCUCUAAAAAUGGCGACGCUCAACUCUUCCGGUUCAAAACUGUAGCGUUUUUUUACCUCCCCACGAGUUUUCCAUUGUUGUCAUAAUGAGUGUAAAUAUUUAACCCCCAAAAUAUAAUUGUAGAUCGUCCAGUGUAACCAUCAAAUGCCUCAGUGACACAAAUAAUAUUGUGCUGUGCCUAAAUCGAGGAAUAUAUGCUGUGCUACACAGGCCCGGGGGGUAUCGGUUCAUAACCUCUCAACGCCUGGAGCGUUAUUCUGUUUUGUGAUUAAUCGUCGAAGUGGACGUUAUCAUUAUUUAAUCCAAGUACUUUGGACAAUGGCAAUGAACGAAGAUUUCAAUUUUUCUGAAUUGUGCAGACUGUGUUCAUUGAAGAGUAAUCAUCAAUUGCAAAUAUUCGAUAAAGAAGGCGAACAGAGACAACUACUUUUUAAAAUACGCUCCUGCCUACCUUCUGUGUUUCCUGAUUCCCAGAUAACUAAAGAAGACGCACUGCCAAAAAACAUAUGCCAGAAAUGUGUUUACAAAUUGGACAUGUUCUACGAGUUUCGUGUCAGCUGCAUGACAACUGAAUCCGUAUUAAAAAAUUACGCCGAGAGUAUCAAGCAUCUAGCACAAACAGUCAAUAACCAGAGUGAGAAGGACAAGAUGUCGAGCAGUGGACAACAGCAGCAGCAGCAGCGGUCUGCGUACGUGGAGGCACAUGCAGUGGCGCAUGCGGCAGUUCAGCAGCACAUGGCACAGCAAGCUGCCCAGGCGAGACUUGCCGGCCCUGGACCACCUUCAGCACCGCCGCCUAAUCCAACGUUUACUCUGCCUGAUGAUGGCCUGGGGUAUGAUGACGGGGUCAGGGUACUGCGGUCUAUUGGAACAUGGUCUCCUGAUUAUUCAGCAGCUAUGGCACGACCCGGUGGUGUGAUGCCAGUAUUUCCUGGUACAACUGAACAACAAUUUCCAAACAAUCGUCCCCCAACGAUAAAUCAGCCUUUACGAACAACAAAUAACACAAACUCUCGGCCAGGAUCUGUAUCAAAAGCAACAAAUACUGGUGAACCAACGACAAAGGCCUUUGCUUGUACAGUUUGUGGUAAGGGUCUGGCACGCAAAGAUAAACUUGUCAUACACAUGCGUAUACACACUGGAGAAAAGCCGUACUCGUGUGAAGUAUGUGGAAAGGCAUUUGCACGGAGGGACAAAUUAGUCAUUCACAUGAACAAACUGCGGCAUAGACCUGGGGUAACACCACUAUCAACACCCUCAGCCACUAGUAAUGAUCAGGUUAAUCAACAACAACAGCAACAACAGUCUCAACCACCCCAACCACCUCAACAGCCGAGACAAGAGGUUCAUCUUAAGUUGAAGGAGGAACCUGUUAGUUGGACCUGCGAACUCUGUGGACGGGUACUACUCACUAGAGAGGAAUGGGCUCUUCACGCAAAAUCUCACUUGGUGGAAUCACCAGGACCCCCUCAGCAUGCAGCAGCCUAUUUUCCUGGUUCUGUACCACCUCCCCAGCCAUAUGCAUCAGAAAGACACUUUUGCCUAAUGUGUCGCACUGAUUUCACCGACAAAGCUGAAUUCAUGUUCCACGUACGUUCACACUUCGAUGUACCUCAGAGUCAGCAGGGACCUCAGCACUCAAAGCAGGAUCCAGCAACAGCUGAAUUAAUUGCCCGAGGGCUCGUAGAUCCCUCGGGUCUGUGUAGCUAGAAUUUUCCUUACUAUCAUCAUCUGCCAUCGAUUCGUGUCUUACCAUAAUACAAGUAGAAUAUACUUUCUACUCAGGAUGAUGAAUAUUAAACACGACAAUUCAAUUUUGCAUUGCAAUAUGCUGCACUUUGUGAUCGAUCUUAAGACAAUGACUUACGGGUAAAUGGAUACACAGUGCUGGCACAAUGUUCACGGGAGAACAAGUAUAAGUUGUAACUGAUAAAACCAGUGAAUAAGGUGCACAAGGUGGUUGUACUGUGCAUCUCUUGUCUCAAAUCGAAAGUUAUUGAAUGAACAAAUUUUAGAUACUCUCUUGACAAUAAAUAAUGACAUUCCUGCAGUGUCAAAUCAGUAUCUAAUGAUUGUAUUAAAUAGAAUAGAUAGACUAACGUUCCUAACGAUAAAUAAGCUUCUCUCACUCAAUUGAUUUGUGCGAUGGUCGUUCAGUCUUGGAGAAUGUGAGAGCGAAUGCAAUUGGCUUGACAUCGCUUACUUCCUCCUGUCUUCGUAAGUUAAGAAAAAAAAAUCAAGAGAUUAAGAGUAAGAAAAAAAAACAUUUUAAAAAUUGACAAAAAAAUAUUUAGCUGUAAGGUUUAACGCUAAUUGAUAAUGUAAGAGCUACUGGUGCCUCCUGAGUUCCGUAAAUUUUAGUUGGGUUGGCCAAAUUGAAAGGACUGAAUAAGAUUAGAAUUUUAAGUUUCUUACAUUCGUUUUUAAUCAUCGAAAACAUUUGAUUCUGGCGUGAGUUUCAUUUGAACUUAAAAUCUGAUAUUGAGGGGAUCAUCUCGUGUAUAUAAAAUUUCACAUAAUAGUAAUCUCUGUUAGGAUCUAAAAAUAAUAUUUUUGAUAAGAAUUGAGAGUUUUUUUCGCUUUAUUUUGGUUAGCAAGAGGAUAAAAAUGAGAUUUUUCGGAUGAUUUACGGGAAAUUUAUGGACAUGAGAAAGGAAAAUUUGACGUUUGGAUGUGCAAUCAAAUAAAUUUUUCGCUGCAUUCUCAACUCCUUGGAAACAAGAAAGGAAAAGGGCGAAAUUAUUUAGACGCAUAGUGCCUUCUCUUCUACAAAUAUUUAUAAAUCAUGAUUUGUAUUUUUUUUGUGUCCCCGAUAGAUUUUACGUUACUCAGCGAACUCGGGAGGCACAGACGGCACAAAUUACCAGUAAGAUAGCUUCUAAGUUCAACAUUUGUUUUUUUAUAGUUCUUUUAUAUUGAUUUUUUUUAUUUGUUGAGCUUGUGAUCCACAGCUGUAACAAAAUACCACUGUUUAUUUCAAAUUAGUGAUGAUACUUUUUAUACUGUUAAUAUCAAGUAUUCCGAGUCAGUAUGUUACUGCCGUAAUCAUGAACAAAAAUUAUGAACAUUAAACAAAAUCUGUAUACUCAACCUAUACCUUUAUAAAUAAAGAUAAUAGUAAAAUGUA